CCCUGGAACUAAACAUUCUAUCAGCGACCGUGCUGCAGGCACAACGUCUCAUCCUGCCCUUUCCCCCACCAGCUCAGUUGAUUUUCAAUUCCGUCAAAGUGCAUUUUCUUUCACUUACGCCUCCCCUGUUGGUUUGAUUAUUUCUCAUCCGCACACUCCACGAUCCAGUGACAUUUCAGUGAGCGCCAGUGCCGUUUUGUUCGACAUUUUCCCCUCCGAUGCGCUAAUCAUUCCGCACCUGACCCAAACAAUUUUGUUUCUCCGAUCGAGUUCCGUCUUAAAAAAAGUUUCAUCCGGAAGAGAUUUGACACGGGAGUCGGAAGAAGAAGAAGAGAAUCAUUGAAAAAAAUGCCGCGCCCAUGUCGCGAGAGCUACGGCGACCAGAAGCCGCCGUAUUCGUACAUCGCCCUGACGGCCAUGGCCAUUCUGUCGUCAUCGGAGCGGAUGCUGCCGCUGGCCGACAUUUACCGCUACAUCAUGGAGCGGUUCCCUUACUACCGGAAGAACACGCAGCGCUGGCAGAAUUCACUCCGCCACAACUUGUCGUUCAACGACUGCUUCCUCAAAGUGCCGCGACGUCCCGACCGCCCGGGCAAAGGCGCCUACUGGACCCUCCACCCCAACGCCAUCAACAUGUUCGAAAACGGGUCGCUCCUGCGUCGCCGCAAGCGCUUCAAGUUGCACAAAGCCGACAAGGAUCUCCUGGAAACUGAGUUGGCCGCCUUGUCCAGCAUGAACCGCAUGAUGCAGCAGCAGAACCAGCAGCAAGCGGCCGCUGCGGCUAAUAACGGCACACCUGGGCCGGCAUCGACACCGACGGCAGCCGGACCGGCACCCAGAGAACCACCUUCUCCUCUGCCAGCCGUUGCCCAGCAGCAGCCGCAACACAAUGCGCCCAACAGCCUACCAUCAGCGGCCAGCACUCAGGUGGCCAUGUCCAACAUGUCGGCCUGCGGACCCAUGACGGCCUAUUCGGCCAUUCCUUACGGCAUGGGAUUCGCCGCUUACAAUCAGGCGGCCAUGGCGGCGGCUGUUGCGGCCGCCGCUGCGGCCAACCACCCGACGCCGGCCAUGAUGGCCGCUGUGGCCGCCCAGCAGCGCGUCCAUGGCUUCCAUCCGCACGGACCGGCCCCGUCGAUGGCCUCUCCGUCUUCCUACCCGGCCUAUAAUCACGGCGGCUUCGGCUCCGUCAUCAGCGCCCACCAGCAGCCGUCGCCUUUGGGUAAAUUCACCAGUCACUCGACGAGCCUAUCGUCUCCCGUCGGCGCCGACAGCCUCUCCGGCAGCAACGCCAAGCCCAAAAGAUCCUUCACCAUCGCCAGUCUCAUCGCCGACGACUCGGACGAGUCCGACGACGACCAGCCGGCCGCCAAACACAAGAAGAUGCUGGGCAACAAAAGUGACAUGCUCCUCCUCGACGACCGAGACUCGGCGGCCGAUUCGUCGUCCUCUUCAUCCGCCUCACCAUCCGACGACGAGUCGGAAGUGGACAUCGAAGCCGAGGAUGCCGACGAGGAAGUGGCCCGACCGGCCACUGUGACCCCUCCGCCUCCAUCCGCUUCUUCCGCUUUAGCCAAACCGAUUGAAAAUAAAAGUUCGACGCCACAACAUCAGCAGGAGCCGGCGGAGCAGCAGCAGCAGCAUCCGCACCUUUUGAUGCCGAUUCCGUCGUACAUGGCCUACGCCGGAAUGGCGCCGUCGGGCGCCUUCCCUUACGCCAGCAUGCAGCAGCAUCACCAACAGUUUCACGGGAUGUACGCCGCUGCAGCCGCCGCCGCCGCCGCCUCGGCGGCUUUUUUAGGGCUGGCCCGGCACAGUAAUCAUCGAGGCGACGGGCCCGCUAAAGAGGACUGCCGGCCGUCGUCCCUGUCGCCGGCCGUCUCCCCGCAGAGCCCUCACCAGCACCACCUCCACCGGCCCAAUCCCUUUCUGACGGCGGCCGACUGCAGCCGGGACAAAUUGCAGCCGAGCCCACUGACUCCACCCGCGACGUCCGUCCAUCAGCGGCCGCAACCCAAUUCGCCGUCCGUCAACAACCAGCACCCAGGAGCGGCGGGUGCGCCGCAGCAGCACCUCCUCCACCACCACUACCAUCACGCCGGUGUUUUUUUAAGCCCAAGCCCCGACGCCGACUCGCCAAAGAGUAAGGACGGCGUCUUCCGAUUCAGUCCCAAUCUCAGAUCCAUUUGACUCACAACAACGCAGCACAAAUAAAAAUCCAAUCCAUCGCGAAAUGGCUGUACUAUAGAUAGAAAACGCAAACGAUAAAAGAGAGAGAUAAUUUUAAGUAUAUCUGUAAAUUUCAAUUGAAGAUGGCGGAGAGAAGGAAAAAUGAAUUCAGUUCAAAUUCCAAAUUUAAUUAUUAUUAUUAUAUUUUCCUCGAUAUGCAACACACAAGACAAUUUUGCUGCUGCUGCUGAACUGCUGUUUGAUUCCUAUCAUUUUCUUGUGUUUUAAAUUUUCAUUUCUCUUGUCCGAUUAUUAGAUCUGUUCAUUUUGUAAUCAUCACAUUUCAAGGGGUUACCUCAACCAAAUCUGCCUGUUGUGUCAAUCGUCAUUCGCGUGUGCGUGUACAUGUUAGGCCUAUACUAUGUUUUUGUAAAAAAAAGAUUCACUUGUGUGUGUGUGUGUGUGUGCGAGAGAAGGAGAAAUGCAAUGCA